CACUGUUAUUUCUUCACAGCGUAAGUUGAAACAACUUCCUCUUCAGUUUUCAUAUUAUCUUGUUAAACAUGUGGCGCAUUCGAGACCUGCUGUUCAUCCUCUGCAUUGUUCUCAGUUAUGUGACCAGAGCAGCAGGAGUGAUCCAUGUGUUUGGAUAUGUGGGCAGAGAUGUUGACAUUUCCUGCUCCUAUGAUCAGGGUUAUGAGUCUUAUGAGAAGUACCUGUGCAAGAACGACUGUGGCAGCAGUGAUGUUCUUAUUACGACAUCAGAAACAAAGAAGAACAAAUACUCCAUCUAUGAUGACAAAGAGAAACGAAGCUUCACAGUGACCAUCUCUGAUCUUCAGUCUGUGGAUGCUGGGAAAUACUGGUGUGGGAUGACGAGGACUGGAAAAGAUAUCUACACUGAAGUAAAACUGGAACUAGAACAAGAUCACUGCUGCAACAAUGUGGAUAAAAUUCAAAGUCAUGAAAGUGAUUCAGUGUCCAUCAUUUGUCCAUAUGAGUUGGAGUACCAGAACAACCUGAAGUUCAUCUGCAGAGGAAACCAGCCCUCCACAUGUCUGCAGCAGGCAGUCAUCACCUCUGACAGCAAACAAAAUGGACGCUUCACACUCACUGAGGACAAGGAGUCAAGAAGAUUCACAGUGAACAUUAACAACCUGACCCAAGAGGAUUCUGGGUGGUAUCUUUGUGGUGUCCAUACAAACACUGGACUGGAUGUUUUCUCUGCUGUUGAGCUGGAGGUCAAAGUGUGGUGUUGUGUGAAGACACUUGCUAUGAGUGGUACUGUGACACGUCCAGUCACUCUGCAGUGUCCUUAUCCACCACAUCACCAGAAUAACAGGAAUUUCCUCUGUAAGGGAGACCACCGCAACAACUGCACAGAUGUGGUGACCAAUGGAAGCAGGUUCACACUGCAAGAUGAUGUUUCUCUCAGCUCCUUCUCUGUCAUGAUCACAAACCUGGAAGCAGGUGAUGCUGGGAUGUACUGGUGCGGUUCAGACUCACAGUGGAGAGCUGGAAACUACACCAGGAUUCAUCUGUCAGUGGCCUCGCCUCAGGAAACCAGCACUGUGACAGAAACCAGCACUGUGACCACCAAUGUCACGUCACACUCAACAUAUGGAACUACCAAACACACUGAAGAUGUGACACUUUUAGUUUACAUUCUGCCUGCAGUACUGGUGCUACUGAUCCUGCUGUUUGUCCUUGUUGUGCUUUUUAAAAACAAAAUCUACAAAUGUCGAGGAGGUGGAGUCAGUGUGAUCGCAUUGAACAGUGCUGAAGCAGGAGUAGAGGUCAGGAGUUGCAGGGAUCCAGGACAAGAGCUGUCCUGCUCAGAGCUGGGUUUGUACGUGCAGCAGAGCUCCAGUCAUGGUGAUGAAGCAGCUGAAAGACAAGAACCUGUGUACCAAAGCCUCUGUGCAACAGAAGACAUCUACUCUGUUUGUUUGUGCAGUGAAAACAAGAAAGUCUCUAAGAAGCCUGAGAAACCUGAGAGUCCCAUUGAACUUCAGGAGAGGUGCUGGGGACUGGAGGAGCGGAGAAGGAGGUUCAGAUGCGUCUCUCUGAAUGCCAAGGAAUACAACCCAGUUAGCUCAACGUCAAACUUAACUGUUGUUUUUUCAAAAUUUUUCACACAGCGUAGUUUGAACAACUUCUUCUUCGGUUUUUAUAUUUCCCUGUUAAAGAUGUGGAGCGUUCAAGACCUGUUGUCCAUCCUCUGCAUUGUUCUCAGUUAUGUGACCAGAGCAGCAGGACUGAUCCAUGUGUUUGGAUAUGUGGGCAGAGAUGUUGACGUUUCCUGCUCCUAUGGUCAGGGUUAUGAGUCUCAUGAGAAGUACCUGUGCAAGAACGACUGUGGCAGCAGUGAUGUUCUUAUCACGACAUCAGAAACAAAGAAGAACAAAUACUCCAUCUAUGAUGACAAAGAGAAACGAAGCUUCACAGUGACCAUCUCUGAUCUUCAGUCUGUUGAUGCGGGGAAAUACUAUUGUGGGGUGACAGCGUUUUUCAAAGAUAUCUACACUGAAGUAAAACUGGAACUGAAACAAGAUCACUGCUGCAACAAUGUGGAUAAAAUUCAAAGUAAUGAAAGUGAUUCAGUGUCCAUCAUUUGUCCGUAUGAGUUGGAGUACCAGAACAACCUGAAGUUCAUCUGCAGAGGAAACCAGCCCUCCACAUGUCUGCAGCAGGCAGUCAUCACCUCUGACAGCAAACAAAAUGGACGCUUCACACUCACUGAGGACAAGGAGUCAAGAAGAUUCACAGUGAACAUUAACAAGCUGACCCAAGAGGAUUCUGGGUGGUAUCUUUGUGGUGUCCAUAGAAACACUGGACUGGAUGUUUUCUCUGCUGUCGAGCUGGAGGUCAAAGUGUGGUGUUGUGUGAAGACACUUGCUAUGAGUGGUACUGUGACACGUGCAGUCACUCUGCAGUGUCCUUAUCCACCACAUCACCAGAAUAACAGGAAGUUCCUCUGUAAAGGAGACCACCGCAACAACUGCACAGAUGUGUUGACCAAUGGAAGCAGGUUCAUGCUGCAAGAUGAUGUUUCUCUCAGCUCCUUCUCUGUGAUGAUCACAAACCUGGAAGCAGGUGAUGCUGGGAUGUACUGGUGUGGUUCAGACUCACAGUGGAGAGCUGGAAACUACACCAGGAUUUAUCUGUCAGUGGUCUUUCUGGAAAGCACCAAUGUCAUCUCAACCUUCGCUGUGGAAACCACAGUCAGUCCAAGAAACAAAGCUAAUUCAACAAACUCUGCUAGUAAAGUACUUGAAGGCGGAGCUCUCUAUGUGGUUGCCAUUGUACCUGCUGUGCUGCUCAUACUAAUAGUGGCCCUGAUCAUAGUUUAUAAGAAGAAAUGUCAAAAAGUACAAGACACUGGAGUGGGCAUCACCAGACACUGUGCGGCAGCAGGAGAACCCAAAGGUUCAGAAGAGAUUUAUGCCAAUGAAGAAACUGUCGGGUUCUCAACGCAAACGACCUCUAAACUGCAGGGCGCCUGUAACGCAGGCGACGCAGAUGACGACCAACCAGACUACGAAAACUUCACAGCAACAGAAGAAAUCUACUAUGUGGAGCGUUCAAGACCUGCUGUUCAUCCUCUGCAUUGUUCUCAGUUAUGUGACCAGAGCAGCAGGAGUGAUCCAUGUGUUUGGAUAUGUGGGCAGAGAUGUUGACGUUUCCUGCUCCUAUGGUCGGGGUUAUGAGUCUUAUGAGAAGUACCUGUGCAAGAACGACUGUG